CUUUAAACCUGACUUUGACGCACUUAAUAGUGGUAACGCGUAACGUAUAUAUACGUUUCUGGCAUAACCUUGUGAUUGGAUCCGCUUUUGGGAAGCGUCAAAGAAGAAUGUCCGCGCGCUUUUUUAAACAUAUCUCCUACCACACGAAGAUAAAGCUUGUGCCUCCCAGCUUCAAAGCGAUUGUGAUAGAUUUAAACGAGCGAUCGCGAUAGCUUUGAACGAGCUAUCUGGAGCAUGUGGUAUUUUUCUUUGCAUUUGUCACAGUGCUGUCUCUAUCGUAAACCAAGAAAGACAGCUAGCUGGCUGGAUGGGUCGCCCACGCAUCUUUCAUAAAGCGGCAGUGCAUUCGGCGCCACAAGCCAUGCGUGGGCGAAGCUUGUGCGUUACACUUCUGCUGUUGUGCAGCUUCGUCUGCCCCUUAUACGCGGCAACGAAUGACGGGAAAGGCCCGGUGAAGCAGGGAAGUGGGCAAGCGGCACUCGUCCACGAUGCGGACGUCGUCUCCCGGGCCCGAUCUCUGGUCCGCGACUUGGUGCCGGCAUCGACCGCAGUCUCAGCGUCGGCGCGCUCCGCGGCCGGCCGACUUGUGCUCGAGUCCCUGGUGUUCCUCGCGGUUCUGGCGACCAGCCUGACACUCUUCCCGGGCUGGUAUUCCGUGUUGGUGGCGCUGUCGGCGCUGUUCUCCCUCUACGAGUCGGCAACCACGGCGGCAGCAGUCACGCCGGUGUUCAUGGCCAGGGGAGACUUCAGUCCGAUGAACGUCACCGACACCAAUUGCCAGGUCCAGCUGCUGUGCGAGGUGACCCGGUUGACACGCGCCAGGUUCCCGGUGGUGGCCACGCUUCUCAAGUCAGCGGCCAGGGGCGACCAUAGGGGCGGUCCCUUCGUGCAGGCCAUAUUGGCGGGGCUCAGCCGCGUCGACUGUGCCACGCUGUUCGGCUGCCCGCGUGACCGCAUCGAGCCUCUGCUCGCGAGGCAGCCUCGACGAUGACGCCCGUGAUCGUGCCACGCCCCGCUCGAUUCUGCAGCCGACCUUGUUGCUCAGCGCGGACCAUGGACCGCGCGGUCGAUCUGCUCCUUCCCAAUCAAGGAGUGUUCCAAACCUCCUUGUUCCUAAUCGUAUCCGCUGAGCACGACAUGGAGCUUUUGAACACGAGCUCGUGCUGUUCUUAACCCACCAAGGCCGAGAUGAAGCGCUGCAAAUAUGUACGCCGCAUUGAACGGCACACGUUCACGGCUCUCACUACGGAUUGGUAUGUGUACUGCUGACAGUAAAACUCACUUUCGAUAAUCUGCUCUACACGUCCUUAAUUUCUUUUGUACUUCGCACUGUUGCUCGACAAUGUUAUACGUUAACUGCCCUCGCAUUUUGACUCGCGUUCGUCUGGGCGCACGAGAUCUAUAGAUUU